GAAGCCGCGGCCUCCUCCCGUGCCCGGCCUCCCCUCGCGGGCCCCCGUGUUCUUGCCCGGCCAGGAGGCCGCCACGGGCGCCGGUUCCUCCGUGUCCCCUCAUGCUCCGGGCCGGCUGGAGAGCAGCUUGGGGCCCCGCUCCCAUCGUCAGGCGGGACCGCAGCUUCCUCUGGGCUUCCCCGGGAGCCUUCCUGUCAGCUGGGUGAAGAUGAAGUAGAGCUCUGACCAUGGACGAUGACGCCCCCACCAUCAGACCCCGCCGCAUCCAGAACCAGAACGUCAUCCACCGCCUGGAGCGCCGCCGGAUCAGCUCGGGAAAAGCCGGCACCCACUGGCACCAGGUCCGUGUCUUCCACCAGAACGUCUUCCCCAACUUCACUGUGGUCAAUGUGGAGAAGCCUCCCUGCUUCCUGCGCAAGUUCUCCCCCGACGGCCGCUACUUCAUCGCCUUCUCCUCUGACCAGACCUCCCUGGAGAUCUACGAGUACCAGGGCUGCCAGGCGGCCGAAGACCUCCUGCAGGGCUACGAGGGGGAGAUCCUGGCCAACGGCAAUGACCAGAGGUCCGUCAACAUCCGGGGGCGGCUCUUCGAGCGUUUCUUUGUCCUCCUCCACAUCACCAACGUGGCCUCCAACGGUGAGCACCUGAACCGCGAGUGCAGCCUCUUCACCGACGACUGCCGCUACGUCAUCGUCGGCUCCGCCGCCUACCUGCCCGAGGAGCCCCACCCUCCCUUCUUCGAGGUUUACCGCAACAGUGAGUCCGUCACCCCCAACCCCAGGUCCCCCCUGGAGGAUUACUCCUUGCACAUCAUCGACCUCCACACCGGGCGCCUCUGCGACACGCGGACCUUCAAGUGCGACAAGGUCAUCCUGUCCCACAACCAGGGGCUCUACCUCUACAAGAACAUCCUGGCCAUCCUCUCCGUGCAGCAGCAGACCAUCCACGUCUUUCAGGUCACCCCCGCCGGCACCUUCAUCGACGUGCGGACCAUAGGACGCUUCUGCUACGAGGACGACCUCCUGACCCUGUCUGCUGUCUACCCCGAGGUGCAGAGGGACACUCAGACGGGGAUGGCCAACCCCUACAAAGAGCCCUUCAUCAACUCCUUGAAGCACAGGCUGAUGGUGUACCUGUGGAGAAGGGCCGAGCAGGACGGAAGCGCCAUCGCCAAAAGAAGGUUCUUCCAGUACUUUGACCAGCUGAGGCAGCUCCGGAUGUGGAAGAUGCAGCUUUUGGAUGAGAACCAUCUCUUUAUCAAAUACACCAGUGAAGACGUGGUCACGCUGAGGGUGACGGAUCCUUCCCAGCCUUCCUUCUUCGUCGUGUACAACAUGGUGACCACAGAAGUUAUUGCUGUAUUUGAGAAUACAUCCGAUGAGCUGCUGGAGCUGUUUGAGAACUUCUGUGACCUCUUCAGGAAUGCCACCCUGCACAGUGAGGCAGUCCAGUUCCCCUGCUCAGCUUCCAGCAACAACUUUGCCAGGCAGAUCCAGCGCCGGUUCAAAGACACUAUCGUGAAUGCCAAGUACGGAGGGCACACGGAGGCCGUGCGGAGGCUGCUGGGGCAGCUCCCCAUCAGCGCUCAGUCCUACAGUGGCAGCCCCUACCUCGACCUCUCCCUUUUCAGCUAUGAUGACAAGUGGGUGUCAGUCAUGGAGCGGCCCAAGACCUGUGGGGAUCACCCUAUAAGGUUUUAUGCUCGUGAUUCUGGCCUCCUGAAGUUUGAGAUCCAGGCGGGACUGCUGGGUCGCCCCAUCAACCACACGGUGCGGCGCUUGGUUGCCUUCACCUUCCACCCCUUCGAGCCCUUUGCCAUCUCGGUGCAGCGCACCAACGCCGAGUACGUGGUGAACUUCCACAUGAGGCACAGCUGCACCUAGCACAAGGCACUCCUGAGCUCUGAGCCUCUGCUACAGGAGCACCAAAGACAGGUGCUGGCACCUUCUUGGAAACCAAACUGUCAAGAAACCUGACCUGGGAGCUCCUACCAGCCGGCACCUCGCAGGGCCCUUGGCUGUGGAAAGCAAAUCCACUCAAGUUAAUUGUGUGAGUGCUUCUUCUCUGUACUGUGGAGGUCGUGCUGCAUUAAGCACCGCUGUUCCCUGUUCCUGUUUUUGAGCCAAGUGUAGCUGAGGUUCCUUUCCUGGUUUCUCAGGGGCGUGUCCCUGUUUUCUCUCUGGUUGUAGGUUUUAGGGUGGCAAAGAUGGAGCUUUGCAACGCGUUUGUGUAGAGCUCCCUUCUGCACUGGUGCUCUCCUACCGUGCUGAGACAAACAGCCUCUUGUAGAGAGAGUGGAUGGGAGGCAUGGGAAGGGCUUAGAAAUACAGCUACCUGUGUUUGUGUCUUCAGAGUGACUAGGGAAAGGGAAUCCUGUUCUCAUCCACAGCAUCUGCUCUGGUGAUUUUAAUAUGCAAGAGGCCAGGGAAAGAAGGUGUGAGCAGUCACAUUGAGAGACAUGAGGUGUGUUCCUGACUUUUAUGCAAGUCACUUAAUCUUUGUGCCUUAAUAUCUUGUGAAAGCUCCUAAGUAAAAGGUGAUGUGUUUUUCCAGAAAGCCAGGGCAGCUGGUUGUGUCUCUAAUGCACGAGGAGGUGGGCACAGAAGGAAAAUGUGUGGCUGGAAAGGGUGUGGGGAGCAACAGCAGCUCCUUGCUCACAUCAGAAGGCCUUUUCUGCAGCAUGGGGGUGAAUUCUCACAGCCAUCUGCAGGUUUUGCCGCUGAGGGGAAGGGAGACCCAGCUGCCAGCACCCCCCUGCCUGUUGGGAUUAUGAUGCUAUUAAUUAGCAGUUGGGUUUGCUCAGAAAAGAGGGAGGAGUCCGGAAUUAAUGUUCAUUGCUGUAUGUUUGCAGUUAGGAGAGGAGCUUGUUGACUUAAGUUGUUUACCUACCCCUGUUUGAUACACUGUUCUCUGUGAGAACCCGAUUUGCUGUUCCCAGGCUUCAAAGCACAGUUGGCUGGUGCUUCCAUGCUGACUGGGCCACUGCAGUGUUUGUGCUGCUGAUGAAAUAAGCUCCUGGGUGUAAUAUUACCUUGCCACUGUGAGCUGGUGAGGUUGCUGGCCUGCCCUUCUCUCUCUGAAAAAUGGAGUUUUUGGUUGUAGGCCAGCAUUUUUCUGCACAGAGGCUGGUGUAUGACUGCAUGCUGCCAGGCAGUGUGACCAUCCCAGCAUCAUGAGGGGCUCUGUCAGAAUCUGAAGCCUGCUGUUGUCCCAUUCCCAUGGGAGCUGCAGGGAUUGCAUUAGAAAACUGGUGCUUAUACAUGGGAGACCCUGUACUUUAAAGGACCCUGUAUGGGUGUCUUUUUGGGACCAAAAUGAGCUGUGGGUGAUGUGUUGUGGCUACAUGCCUGUGAAGAACACUGCUGAAGUCAUGCAUUGGUUUUGCAUGGUAAUGCACAGGAAAACAACUGUGUGGGUUGCUGGUGCCUACUUACGGCAUGAAUAGUGGACCUCAUAAUGGAGGGUGCCCUGGGGUCCUUGAAUCAGCCUUUACUCUCUGUCUCAUGGCACUUCUCUCCUGGCCUUGCUAAACAUAUUUCUAGGGCAAGACAUUUUAUUUCACUGCUCUUUUCCUGUUGUUUGCACUGUUGGUUUCUCAGGUCUGUCAGGAAUGAGUUCAGGUCAGAAGACUGCUAAUAGAGGAGGUGCCAGGCCAGGCAUGCUUUAGCUCCAGGUUCCUCUCCAUCUAAUAACACUAUUUGUCAAGGUUUUAGGUUCUUAUCCUGUGAUCUGUUCCUCAAACAUCCAAUUAAAUCUCCAAGUGGAGAAUCAUUUGCACAAUGUAGACCAUGGAUUUACCUCCUGCACCACUCACAUUUGUUCACACUUCCAGUGUGAGAUUUUUUUUUUUUUUCUUUCUCAAAGCUCUCAGCAGCUCCAUCCAAGACUAGGUCUGUUCCUUGGCAUCACAGCCUUGGGAGGUCAGGCCUUACUAAGAUAGCUGUCAGAUCUCCAUUUACACUUCUUUUUCAUUGUCCAUACAAACCACUUCAGCAUUUCUGCAGCUGGGGCUUUUGCCAAAUUCAGAUUGUCCUUUGUGAAGCAGAGAGCAUGGCACGCAUGGUUGGACUUGAGGCUGAGAGACCAGAGAUCUGUUCUUAGCUCUGCUAUUAAAUUGUUCUGUGACUGGGGGCAAAUCUCUUCCUGUUCCAGCUGGUGUUUUCUUCUCUGUAAAUGAGGCCAAAAACAUAUUUUCAGCUUUUGUAAAACACUUGGAGAUUCAUGGAUAAAAAGUGCUGGAUAAGUGCUAAGUAUUUUCUUAUUGUGUUUGCAGACAAACUGAUUAAUCAUUCUGGGUACUAAUUGCCUUGGAGUAGCAUAGCAGAUCCUCGGGUCUUGGCUGCUGCAUUUUAUAUCUACAACAGAGUUAAUUUUAUUACAGAAACGUAUUGAAAGAAAAGUCUCUCAUGCUUGAAAUUUUCAUUCUUUUAUUUAAGA